AGACAAACCCAAUAGUAUUUGCCAUUUGGCAAUCGCAAGUAAACGAAACAUAGAGAGAGAAAGCUAGAGAGAGAAAAUGGAGUCGCCGUUCAGGGCAGAUAUAGUUAAAGGAAAGGUGGCUCUGAUAACUGGAGGCGCAUCGGGAAUUGGGCUCGAGAUUUCGACAGAGUUCGGCAAACAUGGCGCCUCUGUUGCCGUCAUGGGUCGACGAAAGCAUGUCAUCGACUCCGCCGUCGAUUCUCUUCGCUCGCUUGGAAUUCCGGCUGUUGGGUUCCAGGGGGAUGUUCGAAAGCCUGAAGAUGCGAAACGAGUUGUGGAAUCGACUUUUCAGCAUUUUGGUAGGCUUGACAUACUUGUGAAUGCUGCAGCUGGGAAUUUUCUUGUCUCGCCAGAAAAUUUGUCCCCUAAUGGGUUUCGAACAGUUUUGGACAUCGAUGCUGUUGGUACAUUCACAAUGUGCCAUGAAGCACUCAAGUAUCUCAAGAAAGGAGGGCCAGGAAGGAGCUCAUCUGAUAGUGGUGGAGUAAUAUUGAACAUCACCGCUACCUUACAUUAUACAGCUUCGUGGUACCAAAUUCAUGUGUCUGCAGCCAAGGCGGCUGUUGAUGCUACAACAAGAAACUUGGCAUUGGAGUGGGGGACUGACUAUGAUAUUAGGGUCAAUGGGAUUGCACCUGGUCCUAUUGGUGAUACUGCUGGAAUGAGUAAACUCGCGCCUCAGGAGAUAAAUAGCAAAGCUAAAGACUACAUGCCCUUGUACAAGUUAGGAGAGAAAUGGGAUAUUGCAAUGGCUGCUCUCUAUCUCUCUUCAGAUGCAGGUAAAUACAUUAAUGGAACGGUUAUGGUAGUUGAUGGAGGACUCUGGCUGAGCCGCCCUCGCCAUCUACCGAAAGAGGAAGUUAAACAGCUUUCAAGAUCUGUGGAGAAGAGGUCUAGAGAUGUACAGGUAGGAGUCGCAAGAAGCAAGAUAUAAAGACAGGAUGAAAUCAUUUUGUAUGGGUAAUGCCAAAACCCCGAAGGCUGCAAAACUUGGCUAGUCAAAUAGCUACCAUAAGUAUUUCAAGAAAGGACUUGAUUCCUAAAUAGUUUAUUGGCUCAUUAAUAUUUUGGAUAUCUGUUCCUGUAUGUUGUUUGCAACACUUAAACAGUAGCAAUCAGAAAUUCAGAAUACCUUUUUUUAUUUCUUUUACCAGAAAACUUUAUUAUCAAUUGCAAAGGAAAAGGAAUAAUUACCAAUCAAAUACAAAACUGGCAUGAAGCAUCGUCAAGCCUCAUCUGAACAUAA